AUGUGUACCUCAAACGCGGUGAUGACUGGAAAAGUUGUGAUAGUAACUGGCGCAAAUACUGGCAUUGGAUUCGAAAUAGCUAAAUCAUUAGCAAAAAGAGGAGCAAAAGUUAUAUUAGCAUGCAGAAAUGAAGAAACGGCUUGCAUCGCUCGAGACAAAAUUAUAGCUCAAACUAACAACAGCGCUGUGAUCUUCAAGCCGCUGGAUUUAGCAUCUCUAAAAUCCGUCAGAGCUUUUUGUCAAGAUAUAAUUGAAACAGAAGAUAAAUUAGACAUACUUGUGAACAACGCUGGUAUUGCCAGCUCCUCAAAUACUUACACGGAAGAUGGGAUUAUCGAACUGAUGCAGGUGAACCAUUUCGCGCCGUUUCUUCUAACUCUACUAUUGAUGCCGUUAUUAAAGAAGCAACCGAGUCGUAUUUUGAAUACGAGUUCAAUUCUUCAUUAUUUAGGUGCUGUUGAUUUGGUGAAUCUGAAUAAGAAGAGUUGUAACGAUGUAAAAUGUUACAUGAAUAGUAAAUUAUGUAAUGUGCUGUUUACAGCAGAACUGGCAAGACGACUCAGAGAAACAGAGGUGGUAGUUAACGCUAUACACCCAGGUAUUGUUAAUACUGGUAUAUCUAACAAUUUGAAUGUACUUUACGCUACAUUUUUCAAGAUUUGGUGCUGGUUCUGUCAGAGAAGCGUAUUAGAGGCAGCCCAGACGUUCAUUCAUCUCUCAGUGACUGAUGAAGGUGCGUCAGUCUCGGGGAAGUAUUUCGUGGAUUGCUCAGAACGUUUCAUGUCUUGGAAUGUCAAUGAGAAAGUCGGACGUGAGCUCUUUGAUCUGUCUAUAAAGAUGGUUAAGUAUGAUGGUGUUGGUUUAAGUGGUUUGUGUUCGGACAAGUUUGCAAUUUGA